AUGCCAGAAUCAGAUAUGGUUUGUAUGAGAUUGGACCACUUGUACACCAUCACUGGUGAUGGAUCGAUUAUACUUGGCAUCGUUGACAUCGCCAUUGCCGUUGUCAUUAAGAAUGGGUUACUCGACAGCAGACUCGAUAGCAGACUCGACGACAGACUCGACGACAGUUUCAAUAAAAGACUCAAUAUUAGACCCAACAGCAGACUCGAACCAGACUCGACAGCAGACUCGACGGCAGACUCGACGACAGAUUCAACAGUAGACCUAAUAGCAGACUCGAUGACAGACUCGACGACAGACUCAAUAGUAGACUCAAUAGUGGACCCAACAACAGACUCGACAGCAGACUCGACGACAGACUCAAUAGUAGACUCAAUAGUAGACCCAACCGCAGACUCGAACCCAGAAUCAACAGCACACUCGACGACAGACUCAACAGCAGAAGACGACAGACUCAUCAGUAGACUCGAUAACGAAAUUCGAAAACCUGGCAUGAAACAGGCUCAUGAUACUCGAGUAGAUUGGAAAGAAAACUUGAGGAAGUUCACGGAUACACUGAAAACAGGGAGACCGCAGCUAUCAUGCUAUUUCCCCAAGCAAAAGCCUAAAGCAAUGGCUCGCGUAACUAGAUCUGCUACUGGCAGCAUCCCAGUCAAGGCUGUCCCAGCACCUGUCGAAGCUGCUCCCAAGCCAAAGAAGGCUGCCCCCAAGGCGAACACUGGCAAGAAGGUUGCUCCAACUAAGGGGGCUAAGCCAGCUGGUGUCAAGAAGGCCGCUGCCCCAAAGAAGAAGUCCGCAGUUGCUGCCAAGGUCGAAGCUGCCGUAGAGAAGACCGAGAAGGUCGCUGAGGAGUCUGCCGACUCAUCAGAGGAGGAAGUCGAGGAGGCUGAGGCUGUUGUUGAGAAGCCAGCGCCAAAGAAGAAGGCACCCGUAGCAAAGAAGCCCGUUACCAAGAAGGCCGCUACACCAAAGAAGGCCGCCGUCAAGGCCUAA